ACGAAGUGGCGGUAAUGUAAAAUCGACGUAAUUUGGUUUACGGGUUCAAAGGUGAAUAUUGACGUUGCUCCGCUACGUUCGUAGCAUGGUAGCCAACAAUGGCAAAGCAUCAUCCAGAUUUGAUCUUUUGCAGAAAACAAGCCGGUGUUGCCAUCGGGAGACUUUGUGAGAAAUGUGAUGGCAAGUGUGUCAUCUGUGAUUCUUACGUGAGGCCUUGCACGCUGGUCCGGAUCUGCGACGAGUGCAACUACGGCUCCUACCAGGGACGCUGCGUCAUCUGCGGAGGGCCCGGAGUGUCUGACGCCUACUACUGUAAAGAGUGUACCAUCCAGGAGAAAGAUCGAGAUGGCUGUCCUAAAAUUGUCAAUUUGGGCAGUUCAAAAACAGAUCUGUUCUAUGAGAGGAAGAAGUAUGGCUUCAAGAAGAGGUGAAGAUACUGUCCAGUCUUCAUGUAUUGACGUGUAGUUUAAUGAUUUCAAUAAAAGAUCUUUUAUAGUCCUGUCCUAA